AGGCGGCCUGUCAUCACUCGCAGUUUGUAGGCAAAAAUGAUUUGAGUUUCUAGUCUUAGUAUAGUUUGUCGAUGACCAAACCAAAAUGUAUAAAUUGUUUUAAAAUCUAACAAUCGCCAUUUUGUAAGACAAAUUUUGCUUCUGCAGCGCCGAUAUACUAUUUGUCUAUUCGGUUUUAAUUUUCAUUUACUUAAUUUUAUUUAAAUUUAAGCAUUAUGUCGCAGAGGUUCACCUCGGCUGCGCCGGGACAGGCUUCUGUUCCGGGUCAGCCUAGAUAUCAAACGCCGCCAACUCAAUCGACUGGGAUGCGACCAUAUACUACUGGAAGCAGUUUCCCGCAACGAGGGUUUUCUUUGCAUCAAAAUCCUUCCCCUCCAGUAGGAAACGCGUCUUCUCCUGGUGGGACUCCCAUGCACCAACGUACCUCACAGCCUGGUUUUCAAAGUGGGCUUCGGAGCAGUGGCUCCGGUGCUAGUGUCAAACGCUCUCAAGAACCUCGAAGUAUUAGUCAAACACCGGGGAAAGGUGACUGCGUCACUGUAAAGAAAAAAAAGAAACUUGCCGACAAGAUUCUCCCCCAGAAAGUGAGAGAUUUAGUCCCAGAAUCUCAAGCCUACAUGGACCUUUUGACAUUUGAGAGAAAGUUGGACGCUACAAUAAUGCGAAAAAGACUGGAUAUUCAAGAAGCAUUAAAACGCCCAAUGAAACAAAAACGAAAACUACGUAUUUUCAUUUCGAACACAUUUUACCCCAGUAAAGAACCUACAGGCGAAGGAGAAGAAGGCGCUGUUGCUUCCUGGGAGUUGAGAGUUGAAGGUAGAUUACUCGAAGAUAACAAAGGUGAUCCAACCACUAAAAUCAAGAGAAAGUUUUCUUCAUUUUUCAAGUCACUUGUUAUUGAACUUGACAAAGAACUAUAUGGCCCCGAUAACCACCUGGUGGAGUGGCAUCGUACGCAUACAACUCAAGAAACUGAUGGGUUUCAAGUAAAACGACCUGGUGACAGAAAUGUUCGAUGUACAAUCCUGCUUCUGCUUGAUUAUCAACCGCUUCAGUUCAAGUUGGAUCCCAGAUUAGCCCGUUUGCUGGGUGUACAUACGCAAACGCGUCCAGUGAUCAUUUCUGCCCUUUGGCAAUACAUAAAGACGCAUAAGCUGCAGGAUUCACAUGAACGCGAGUACAUAAAUUGUGACAAGUAUCUUGAACAAAUUUUUAAUUGUCCUCGAAUGAAAUUUGCUGAGAUACCACAGCGACUGAAUCCACUCCUGCAUCCACCGGACCCAAUUGUUAUCAAUCACUUUAUUGAAAGUGGAGCGGAAAACAAACAAACAGCUUGCUAUGACAUUGAUGUAGAGGUUGACGACACAUUAAAGAACCAAAUGAACAACUUUUUGGUCAGCACUUCAAGUCAGCAGGAGAUUCAGGGAUUAGAUUCGAAGAUUCACGAAACAGUUGAUACCAUAAAUCAGUUGAAGACCAACAGAGAGUUCUUUUUGAGCUUUGCCAAGGAUCCGCAGACCUUUAUACAUCGUUGGAUUGUUAGUCAAACAAGAGAUAUUAAGUCCAUGACAGAUGUAGUGGGUAAUCCGGAAGAGGAACGCCGCGCUGAGUUCUAUUAUCAACCUUGGACACACGAAGCCGUUUCACGAUAUUUCUUCACAAAAGUGAAUCAGAAACGUGCCGAACUUGAGCACGCACUAGGCAUUCGUAAUUCAUAAAAGCAGUCAGUACUCUUUCCUGUAUUUUCAAUUCAGUAACAUUUAUAAUUUGGAAUGUCUAUAGCGUUUAUUUCUAAGAAUGCUGUUCGCAUAACAAUAAAAUAAAGUAGAAUAAAAAAGAGUUACUUUUGGCAUUGAACAUUGACGAUA